AUGGAUAUUAUAGCCCGUACGGACCUUUCGGGCCUUAUGAUCCAGGUCAAUUUCAAACUCCACCAACACCGUCACCACCGCAAUCCCAACAUCUUCAACAUCGGCUUCUACGACUACGUCCACAGCAAUUCCGACUUCCACAACAACCGAAAGGACUACAACAUCCACAACAACUCAAGGCACUUCAACAUCCACCGCGAUCCCAACAUCCUCAACAUCGGACUUUACGACGACGUCCACAGCAAUUCCGACGUCCACAACAACCGAAAGUACUUCAACAUCCACAACAACCGAAAUACUACAACAUCCACCGCGAUCCCAACAUCCUCAACAUCGGCUUCUACGACUACGUCCACAGCAAUUCCGACUUCCACAACAACCGAAAGUACUACAACAUCCACCGCGAUCCCAACAUCCUCAACAUCGGCUUCUACGACUACGUCCACAGCAAUUCCGACUUCCACAACAACCGAAAGUACUACAACAUCCACCGCGAUCCCAACAUCCUCAACAUCGGCUUCUACGACUACGUCCACAGCAAUUCCGACUUCCACAACAACCGAAAGUGCUUCGUCAUCCACAACAACCGAAAGUACUGCAGCAUCCACAUCAACUGACAGCACUUCAACAUCCACCGCAAUCCCAACAUCUUCAACAUCGGCUUCUACGACUACGUCCACAGCAAUUCCGACUUCCACAACAACCGAAAGGACUACAACAUCCACAACAACUCAAGGCACUUCAACAUCCACCGCGAUCCCAACAUCCUCAACAUCGGACUUUACGACGACGUCCACAGCAAUUCCGACGUCCACAACAACCGAAAGUACUUCAACAUCCACAACAACCGAAAGUACUUCGUCAUCCACAACAACCGAAAGUACUUCGUCAUCCACAACAACCGGAAGUACUUCGUCAUCCACAACAACCGAAAGUACUACAGCAUCCACAUCAACUGACAGCACUUCAACAUCCACCGAAAUCCCAACAUCUUCAACAUCGGCUUCUACGACUACGCACCUCAACAUCCACCGCGAUCCCAACAUCCUCAACAUCCGCUUCUACAACUACGUCCACAGCAAUUCCGACUUCCACAACAACAGAAAGUACUACAACAUCCACAACAACCGAAACAAUUCCGACUUCCACAACAACCGAAAGUACUACAACAUCCACCGCGAUCCCAACAUCCUCAACAUCGGCUUCUACGACUACGUCCACAGCAAUUCCGACUUCCACAACAACCGAAAGUACUACAACAUCCACCGCGAUCCCAACAUCCUCAACAUCGGCUUCUACGACUACGUCCACAGCAAUUCCGACUUCCACAACAACCGAAAGUACUACAACAUCCACCGCGAUCCCAACAUCCUCAACAUCGGCUUCUACGACUACGUCCACAGCAAUUCCGACUUCCACAACAACCGAAAGUGCUUCGUCAUCCACAACAACCGAAACAAUUCCGACUUCCACAACAACCGAAAGGACUACAACAUCCACAACAACUCAAGGCACUUCAACAUCCACCGCGAUCCCAACAUCCUCAACAUCGGACUUUACGACGACGUCCACAGCAAUUCCGACGUCCACAACAACCGAAAGUACUUCAACAUCCACAACAACCGAAAGUACUUCGUCAUCCACAACAACCGAAAGUACUUCGUCAUCCACAACAACCGGAAGUACUUCGUCAUCCACAACAACCGAAACAAUUCCGACUUCCACAACAACCGAAAGGACUACAACAUCCACAACAACCCAAAGCACCUCAACAUCCACCGCAAUCCCAACAUCCUCAACAUCCGCCUCCACGACUACGUCCACAGCAAUUCCGACUUCCACAACAACAGAAAGUACUACAACAUCCACAACAACCGAAACAAUUCCGACAUCCACAACAACCGAAAGUACUUCAACAUCCACAACAACCGAAAGUACUACAGCAUCCACAUCAACAUCCACCGCAAUCCCAACAUCUUCAACAUCGGCUUCUACGACUACGUCCACAGCAAUUCCGACUUCCACAACAACCGAAAGUACUUCGUCAUCCACAACAACCGAAACAAUUCCGACAUCCACAACAACCGAAAGUUCUACAACAUCCACCGCGAUCCUAACAUCCUCAACAUCGGCUUCUACGACUACGUCCACAGAAAUUCCGACUUCCACAACAACCGAAAGUACUUCGUCAUCCACAACAACCGAAACAAUUCCUACUUCCACAACAACCGAAAGUACUACAACAUCCACCGCGAUCCCAACAUCUUCAACAUCGGCUUCUACGACUACGUCCACAGCAAUUCCGACUUCCACAACAACCGAAAGUACUUCGUCAUCCACAACAACCGAAAUACUACCACAUCCACCGCAAUUCCAACAUCCUCAACUUCGGACUCUACGACAACGUCCACUGCAAGUCCAUCAGAUACAACGACAACUUCCACGGCAAGUCCGACCACCGAAAGUACUACCACAUCCACUACAACUGAAAGUACUACCACAUCCACCGCAAUUCCAACAUCCUCAACUUCGGACUCUACGACAACGUCCACUGCAAGUCCAUCAGAUUCAACGACAACUUCCACGGCAAGUCCGACCACCGAAAGUACUACAGCAUCCACAACAACUGAAAGUACUACCACAUCCACCGCAAUUCCAACAUCCUCAACUUCGGACUCUACGACAACGUCCACUGCAAGUCCAUCAGAUUCAACGACAACUUCCACGGCAAGUCCGACCACCGAAAGUACUACAGCAUCCACAACAACUGAAAGUACUACCACAUCCACUACAACUGAAAGUACUACCACAUCCACCGCAAUUCCAACAUCCUCAACUUCGGACUCUACGACAACGUCCACUGCAAGUCCAUCAGAUUCAACGACAACUUCCACGGCAAGUCCGACCACCGAAAGUACUACAGCAUCCACAACAACUUCGGACUCUACGACAACGUCCACUGCAAGUCCAUCAGAUUCAACGACAACUUCCACGGCAAGUCCGACCACCGAAAGUACUACAGCAUCCACAACAACUGAAAGUACUACCACAUCCACAACAACUGAAAGUACUACCACAUCCACCGCAAUUCCAACAUCCUCAACUUCGGACUCUACGACAACGUCCACUGCAAGUCCAUCAGAAUCAACGACAACUUCCACGGCAAGUCCGACCACCGAAAGUACUACAACAUCCACAACAACUGAAAGUACUACCACAUCCACCGCAAUUCCAACAUCCUCAACUUCGGACUCUACGACAACGUCCACUGCAAGUCCAUCAGAUUCAACGACAACUUCCACGGCAAGUCCGACCACCGAAAGUACUACAGCAUCCACAACAACUGAAAGUACUACCACAUCCACUACAACUGAAAGUACUACCACAUCCACCGCAAUUCCAACAUCCUCAACUUCGGACUCUACGACAACGUCCACUGCAAGUCCAUCAGAUUCAACGACAACUUCCACGGCAAGUCCGACCACCGAAAGUACUACAGCAUCCACAACAACUGAAAGUACUACCACAUCCACCGCAAUUCCAACAUCGUCAACUUCGGACUCUACGACAACGUCCACUGCAAGUCCAUCAGAUUCAACGACAACUUCCACGGCAAGUCCGACCACCGAAAGUACUACAGCAUCCACAACAACUGAAAGUACUACCACAUCCACUGCAACUGAAAGUACUACCACAUCCACCGUAAUUCCAACAUCCUCAACUUCGGACUCUACGACAACGUCCACUGCAAGUCCAUCAGAUUCAACGACAACUUCCACGGCAAGUCCGACCACCGAAAGUACUACAGCAUCCACAACAACUGAAAGUACUACCACAUCCACCGCAAUUCCAACAUCCUCAACUUCGGACUCUACGACAACGUCCACUGCAAGUCCAUCAGAUUUAACGAAAAAUUCCACGGCAAGUCCGACCACCGAAAGUACUACAGCAUCCACAACAACUGAAAGUACUACCACAUCCACCGCAAUUCCAACAUCCUCAACUUCGGACUCUACGACAACGUCCACUGCAAGUCCAUCAGAUUCAACGACAACUUCCCCGGCAAGUCCGACCACCGAAAGUACUACAGCAUCCACAACAACUAAAAGUACUACCACAUCCACUACAACUGAAAGUACUACCACAUCCACCGCAAUUCCAACAUCCUCAACUUCGGACUCUACGACAACGUCCACUGCAAGUCCAUCAGAUUCAACGACAACUUCCACGGCAAGUCCGACCACCGAAAGUACUACAGCAUCCACAACAACUGAAAGUACUACCACAUCCACCGCAAUUCCAACAUCGUCAACUUCGGACUCUACGACAACGUCCACUGCAAGUCCAUCAGAUUCAACGACAACUUCCACGGCAAGUCCGACCACCGAAAGUACUACAGCAUCCACAACAACUGAAAGUACUACCACAUCCACUACAACUGAAAGUACUACCACAUCCACCGCAAUUCCAACAUCCUCAACUUCGGACUCUACGACAACGUCCACUGCAAGUCCAUCAGAUUCAACGACAACUUCCACGGCAAGUCCGACCACCGAAAGUACUACAAUAUCCACAACAACUGAAAGUACUACCACAUCCACCGUAAUUCCAACAUCCUCAACUUCGGACUCUACGACAACGUCCACUGCAAGUCCAUCAGAUUCAACGACAUCUUCCACGGCAAGUCCGACCACCGAAAGUACUACAGCAUCCACAACAACUGAAAGUACUACCACAUCCACUACAACUGAAAGUACUACCACAUCCACCGCAAUUCCAACAUCCUCAACUUCGGACUCUACGACAACGUCCACUGCAAAUCCAUCAGAUUCAACGACAACUUCCACGGCAAGUCCGACCACCGAAAGUACUACAGCAUCCACAACAACUGAUAGUACUACCACAUCCACCGCAAUUCCAACAUCGUCAACUUCGGACUCUACGACAACGUCCACUGCAAGUCCAUCAGAUUCAACGCCAACUUCCACGGCAAGUCCGACCACCGAAAGUACUACAGCAUCCACAACAACUGAAAGUACUACCACAUCCACUACAACUGAAAGUACUACCACAUCCACCGCAAUUCCAACAUCCUCAACUUCGGACUCUACGACAACGUCCACUGCAAGUCCAUCAGAUUCAACGACAACUUCCACGGCAAGUCCGACCACCGAAAGUACUACAGCAUCCACAACAACUGAAAGUACUACCACAUCCACAACAACUGAAAGUACUACCACAUCCACCGCAAUUCCAACAUCCUCAACUUCGGACUCUACGACAACGUCCACUGCAAGUCCAUCAGAUUCAACGACAACUUCCACGGCAAGUCCGACCACCGAAAGUACUACAACAUCCACAACUACUGAAAGUACUACAACAUCCACCGCAAUCCCAACAUCCUCAACUUCGGACUCUACGACAACGUCCACUGCAAGUCCAUCAGAUUCAACGACAACUUCCACGGCAAGUCCGACCACCGAAAGUACUACAGCAUCCACAACAACUGAAAGUACUACCACAUCCACCGCAAUUCCAACAUCCUCAACUUCGGACUCUACGACAACGUCCACUGCAAGUGCAUCAGAUUCAACGACAACUUCCACGGCAAGUUCGAACACCGAAAGUACUACAGCAUCCACAACUACUGAAAGUACUACAACAUCCACCGCAAUCCCAACAUCCUCAACUUCGGAUUCUAUGACAACGUCCACUGCAAGUCCAUCAGAUUCAACGACAACUUCCACGGCAAGUUCGAACACCGAAAGUACUACAGCAUCCACAACAACUGAAAGUACUACCACAUCCACUACAACCGAAAGUACUACCACAUCCACCGCAAUUCCAACAUCGUCAACUUCGGACUCUACGACAACGUCCACUGCAAGUCCAUCAGAUUCAACGACAACUUCCACGGCAAGUCCGACCACCGAAAUACUACAACAUCCACCGCAAUCCCAACAUCCUCAACUUCGGACUCUACGACAACGUCCACUGCAAUACUACCACAUCCACCGCAAUUCCAACAUCCUCAACUUCGGACUCUACGACAACGUCCACUACAAGUCCAUCAGAUUCAACGACAACUACCACGGCAAGUCCGACCACCGAAAGUACUACAACAUCUACAACAACAGAAAGUAUUACAACAUCCAACGCAAUCCCAAUAUCCACUGCAAGUACAUCAGGUUCAAUGACAACCUCCACUGCAAUUCCGACGUCCACUACAAUUGGAAGUAUAACGACAUCCACAGCCAUUCCAGCAUCCACAGAAUCUUCAAUAACCAAAGAUUCAAUUUGCAUUGA